CCACUUUUCCUAUCAUGUUUAAUCAUUUUGGGAGGUUUUUUUUUUUCAUUAUUAUGUUCAGAUAUUGUCUGAAACCAAAAAUCUCCUGAAACUUAACAAUGUAACAGAGAAAAAAUCAACAAUUUCCCUCCAAUUCCCCUCAAUAUCUCCCCUCGCUUCGCCUCAUCCUGCCUGAAAGGGUGAAACUCUCUUCUACGGACAUGGCGAAGGGGGAGGUUGUAUACACCAUCAUGACUGCCACCUUCGUCAUCCUAAUCCUCCUCCCUCCCUCUAGUAUAUCCCAUAAUGGUAACCGCCACAUUCGUUUAUUUGAAUUCACACAUUUCGACCCACUUGUCACGGAAAUUGAGCACAAGGCCGAAGACAGAAAUCUUGAUUUUCAUCCAAAUGAUCAUAAUCAUGCAUCUUUAGAUUACGUCUAUAAGGUCAUGGAGGCAGGGGUCGAGGUCGAGGCUAUAGAUAAGGUGUACCUUGGGAAGGAUGGGAAGUUGAACUUAACGUUGAGGUUAACGACAUUGUUUCCUCUUAUAGACAUUAUGCCAAAGGAUGGUUAUGUUGAAUUUAGGGAGCUUGAGGCUUGGAAUAUCAAGCAAGCUAAGCAGGGGUUGGAAUAUUCUACAAGGAAAGAAUUUGAGGUUAAUGAUAAAAAUAAGGAUGGAUUUAUUUGUUUUAAAGAAAUUUUCCCUAAAUUUUCAGAUGAUGACAUAGAGAAAAACAAGAUGGAGCGUGGGGAAACUGGUUGGUGGAUGGAACAAUUCACCAAUGCUGACGCUGAUCAUGAUGGAAAAUUAAGCUUAGAAGAGCUAAAUAACUUCUUGCAUCCGGAAGAGUGCGCUAAAAAUACAAAAGUUCAAGAAUGGAAUAUGCGUGAGAAAAUAAGGAGAUUGGAUUGGGACAAGGAUGGAAAUCUUAACUUCCAAGAAUUUUGUGACAAUGCUUAUGAUACCUUCAAGAACUAUUAUCACUUUUUUACCAAUGGUUAUGUUCCAUCACCCGAAUUACAGUUUUCUAACCUUGAUUUAGACAAAGACAGGCUAUUGACGAUUCAAGAGUUGAAACCAAUUAAACAAUACAUUUUUCCAGGAGUAUUGGAUCAUGCCUCAUAUUAUACAACUUAUUUGAUGAAUGAGGUUGAUGAUAACCAUGACAACAAGUUAACCAUUGAUGAAAUCUUAAAACAUGAAGAUAAAUUUUACAAAAGUGUUUAUGUGGGGGAAGAAGAUGAUGAUGAUUGUGAUCAUCAUGAUGAGUUUUGAGGGUAAAUAUUUGCAUGUACAUGCAUUUUGUCACGUUACUUAUUAUGUAGUGCUAUUAAUGUAAAUGAUUUUUGAUUCGUCUAGAGUUCGAGCUGAGCUUCAAUAUGAUCACAUGCUCCGAUCCUUGAAGUUGUGAAGAUGCAGCAACUUUUUCACUUCUAUAUGUUAUUAUUGCAUGAACUCUUUUGAAUGAAGAUUACAUGAGGAGUUGGACUUUUCGAUCGAGGAGAUUCGUUAAUAAUACUUCGUGCUCCAUGCUUUACAUUAUCGGAUAAAAAUAUUACAGAGUAAUAUCUUUAAAUAUAUAUUAAUUUCAGGCAGUUUGGGAUCACAAGAAAAGUAAUGUUUACAUUUUAAUUUCAAAAUAAAAUUUACUUGUACUAAAUAAUAGAGAGAAGUCUAAAUCUUAAUUGUCUUAGAUUUCUAGGUUAGGUUUUUGUUUGUAGGUGCACCACUAGCAUUAGGACUAAUUAAUAACAACAAGAGACUAAUUUAAAGCUGUAAGUUAUUAAGUAUUUUUAUUUAAUGACCAUAA